AUGUGGGAAGAAAGCCAUGGCAUCGUAGCUAACCACAUGUAUGACCCUAUUCUCGGCGAACAUUUCGAUAAAGACAACAGAGAAACAAAAUGGUGGGACACGGGGGCCGAACCGAUAUGGGUGACCAAUCAAUUACAAGGAGGUCGGAGUGGUGUUUACUACUGGGCAGGCAGUGAAAUAGAAAUUAAAGGAGUUUUACCGAGCCAUUACAAGAAGUAUAGUGACACGACUCCAUUUAUGGAGCGCAUUGAUGAGAUUAUCGAAUGGUUCACAGAACCAAAUCCUAUUAACGUAGGUUUGCUAUAUUUUAAUGAGCCAGACCACAGUGGACAUCAAUAUGGCCCGGAAGCGCCAGAAAUGUUCGACGUCAUCCGUAUGUGUGACAACACGACAGGUUAUCUGAUACAGAGACUGAAAGAAGCUAACCUGUAUGAUAAAAUCAAUAUUAUUAUUACCAGUGAUCACGGAAUGACGACAUUGGACACCGAAAUACGAGUUAUAGUGCUGCAAGACUACGUAAAUUUGAAUUUGUUUGAGAUCGUUGAUGGAAGACAGGUGGUAUCAGUUAGACCGUAUAAUAACAGAGACAUUGAUAUUAUAUACCACGCAUUGUACAACAAACAUCCUAAUUUGACCGUUUAUAAAAAAGAAGAUAUACCAGAACAUUUUCAUUAUCGAAACAAUCCACGUAUCAUGCCUAUUCUAUUGGUUGCGAGUGAAGGCUGGAGCAUUGCAUCAAACAAACAUCUCAAAGGUGGCCACGGCUAUGACAAUCGCUAUAAAUCUAUGCGUGCGUUCUUCAUAGCUCAUGGACCAGCGUUCAAAAGUAACUUUACUUCCAAGCCAUUCAAUAACGUUGAUGUCUACCCGUUGAUCUGCCAUAUUAUGAAUCUUCAACCUGGACCUCACAAUGGUAGUUUAAGUGCGGUGAAUCAUAUGCUGACUUCGAGUCAUUCGUUUGUGUACUUGUCUGGUCACUUAGCCAUCAUCAUUGUUUGUUCAAUUGCAUUGAUUAGUGUCAUAUUGUUAGCACCCGUGUAUCUAUGGAAACAUUUCAAAGGUCAACAUUCCGGUUCUAUCAACUUAAAACUGGAUGACGAUGUGCCACUUUUACCCGGAAAAGACAGCCAGACAGUGGAAUCUACAGUGCCAGGACAUAGACUGUCCGAUACACUACGACAAGUGGAUGUGGACAACACAGAAUUAUAG